AUCCGUCACUGGAACCACUUCACGCACACACACACACGCUCCUCGUCCUCUGUCCCUGAUGCAGGUCUGAUCCCGCCCACUCAUUUCCUCAGCACACAAGUUGGGGAAGAGGGGGACGCCCGGACACAAAAUGGGGAGAGUGAACAUUUGGGUGAAAAGGAGUUUCAUCGUGGUGGCAAGUCUGAUGGUGGUGAUUGGCGCCCUGAUGUUGGCAGGCACUCUCUUCAUCCAUGGUCACUACCACCGAGAUGAGCAGAUAGAGGACAUGAUCGUGGGCAUACGCGCCGUUUAUGCUAUUUCUAUCAUCGUGCUGCUGCUGCCCAUCGUUGGCUUGUAUGGCGUCUGCAAGGAGAAGAGAUGGGUCAUCAUUGUGUUCACCGUUGGAAUCAUCCUGUGCAGCCUGUUUGUGCUUUACAGCGGAAUCAACGUGCUGGUGGUGCGCCCUAUGGUGGUCCAAACCAUCCACGCCUACUACAUGAACAUGCACCCAAUCAGCAACGCCACCGACCUCGACCUCAAGAUUCUGCACGAAACACAAAUCCAAUUGGAGUGCUGUGGAGUCCAGCAGGGUCACCAAGACUGGGGCUACGACAUCCCGGAGUCCUGCUUGUGCGUGGACAACUCUACCAGCUCGUGUGUGGCCGCGCCGAAGAACAGCAGCCUGUUCAAGACCAUGGACACUGUGAUGAUUUAUGAAGAGCCAUGUCUCCCAAGCAUCGUGUACAACAUCGACGUGUCCGUCAACAUCGCCAUGGGCAUCUCAGCGGGGUUGAUUUUACUUUGGACGUUGUCCUGCGUGCUGAGCGUGGUCAUCUUGUGUCAACUGAAACCCAAAAAGGACACGCCCACCGUGGCUUACAGUCGAGAGGCCAAAACUGGCAACUACGCCGUCCUCACGGAACCGGCGGAGCUCACCUGAUCAAUAUUUGAUCACUGAGAAAUGUUCAAUAUGUGAUACGAAAGCUUUCAACUUCAUACGCAAAAUAUGAAGCUUUUUUUUUUUCAUGUAAAUUGAUGUACACUAUACUGCCAAAAGUUUUUGGCCACCUGCAUUGACUCACGUAUGAACUUCAAGUGCCAUCCCAUUUCUAAACCAUAUGAUGUCGGUCCACCUUUUGCUUCAACUCCUCUGGGAAGGCUGUCCACAAGGUUGCGGAGUGUGUUUAUAGGAAUUGUCCACCAUUCUUCCAAAAGGGUAUUGGUGAGGUCACAGGUUGACGUUGGUCAAGAAGGCCUGGCUUUCAGUCUCCGUUCUAAUUCAUCCCAAAGGUGUUUCUAUCGGGUUCAGAUCAGGACUCUGUGCAGGCCAGUCAAGUUCUUCCACACCAGACUCUGUCACCCAUGUCUUCACGGGCCUUGUUUUGUGCACUGGUGCACAGUCGUGUUGGAAGAGGAAAGAGCCCCGCUCCAAACUGUUUCCCACAAGGUGGAGAGCAUGGAAUUGUCCAAAAUGUUUUGGUUCAGGUCAGGACUCUGUGCAGGCCAGUCAAGUUCAUGCAAACCAGACUCUGUCAUCCAUGUCUUUAUGGACCUUGCUUUGUGCACAGUCAUGUUGGAAGAGGAAAGAGCCCCGCUCCAAACUGUUUCCCACAAGGUGGAGAGCAUGGAAUAGUCCAAAAUGUUUUGGUUCAGGUCAGGACUUUGUGCAGUCCAGUGAAGUUCAUCCACACCAGACUCUGUCACCCAUGUAUUUAUGGACCUUGCUUUGUGCACUGGUGCACAGUCAUGUUGGAAAAGGAAAGAGCCCCGCUCCAAACUGUUUCCCACAAGGUGGAGAGCAUGUAAUUGUCCAAAAUGUUUUGGUUGAGGUCAGGACUCUGUGCAGGCCAGUCAAGUUCACCCACACCAGACUCUGUCACCCAUGUCUUUAUGGACCUUGCUUUGUGCACUGGUGCACAGUCAUGUUGGAAAAGGAAAGAGCCCCGCUCCAAACUGUUUCCACAAGGUGGAGAGCAUUGAAUGGUCCAAAAUGUUUUGGUUGAGGUCAGGACUCUGUGCAGGCCAGUCAAGUUCAUGCAAACCAGACUCUGUCAUCCAUGUCUUUAGGGACCUUGGUUUGUGCACUGGUGCACAGUCAUGUUGGAAAAGGAAAGAGCCCCGCUCCAAACUGUUUCCACAAGGUGGAGAGCAUGGAAUGGUCCAAAAUGUUUUGGUUGAGGUCAGGACUCUGUGCAGGCCGGUCAAGUUCAUGCAAACCAGACUCUGUCAUCCAUGUCUUUAUGGACCUUGCUUUGUGCACUGGUGCACAGUCAUGUUGGAAAAGGAAAGAGCCCCGCUCCAAACUGUUUCCCACAAGGUGGAGAGCAUGGAAUGGUCCAAAAUGUUUUGGUUCAGGUCAGGACUCUGUGCAGGCCAGUCAAGUUCAUCCACACCAGACAAUGCAGUCGGAAAUGCAGCGUUCUCCUGGCAUUUCAAGAAUGGAUUUGUUGCACAGGUGGCAUCCUGUGACAGUUCCACGCUGGAAAUCACUGAGAGCGGGCCGUUGUUCCACAAAUGUUUGUAGAAACAGCCUCCAUGCCUACGUGCUUGAUUGGAUACACCUGUCGCCUGGGCCAGGUGAUGUAUUUAUUUAUUUACAUUUACUGACAAGCACACCUGAUUCUGAUCACCUGGAUGGGUGGCCAAAUACUUUUGGCAAUAUAGUGCAUGUUGAUCCAUGUUUGCAUUGUGUUGUUUCCUUUUAGGAAAUCUGACCUUGUCAUUGAAUCGCCUGAUUUAGUUCAUCUUUGUUUAUAUUGUUCCUUUCUUAAUAUUUUCUGGUAUUAAAAGUGUUUUAUAAGUAGGUCAA